ACAGUCACUUUCCGGAUCCCGUUCAGUUCGGUCUCGGUUUUUCGGUUCAGUGCGUAUCGUGUACGCACACUACACACGCGCACACACGCACGCAUACACGCAUUCACACAACAGUCACCCGAUAGGAGGAUAGUCUCAUGUACGGCCAACCACAAGCGUGCAGUCCCCGGUUUGCGCCUCAAAACGCUUCCCUACUACUAGUUUGCAAGUGUUUUUCCUACCCCGAUCGUACGGUAAAGUUUUCCCAGCGAGUGAAGAGUUUGCGGAAGAAAAAAGAUAAUAUGUCUGUGAGGCCCGUUUAACGUGACCAAGAAGGAUGGACCGUAGGUGGUCAUGAACACAAAAGACCAGACUGUUGUGUUAUUUGGUUUAUUUUUAUUCUGUUCCCUGGUAUCAAGUUAAGUGUUGAAGUGCGUUUUAGUUUGCAAAGUUCGGUGCAAACUACUCUUUGUGCUAUACAACAGACAUUCCAGACAGAUAUACAUGCAACGGAUGUAAGUUCCAACGCAAUCGUCGACGGCACGUCCCGCAGCACGAACAACUUCGUGAAAUCAGGGAGGGUUAAUUAUCCCCAACUAUUACAACAAAAAGUGUGGCACGUGAUCGGAAAAUUUUGUCCGGCUUUGCCUUUACGCGCAGUGCCGCUAGGGCGACGGUUCAGUACAGCCCAUGUCUGCGGUUGAUCGUGGUUCUCAGUCGCUUCAUGCGAGGAGCGAACUGGCUACGGAAAAAAAUGUGUGAAAAUAAAAUCAAAAGCUUUAACCAAUGAUCCUCCAGAAAUUGAAACGAAAUUGUAGUGCAAACAAGAAACGAGGCGUCAACUUAUCAUCAUCCAGUAGAGAACAGAGGAAAUAUCUUAGCGAGAUAAACUAUAUUUUUGAGAGCCGAUUGUUUGAAAGCGAAGUUUUGAGGUGAUGCUGUGUAAUAUUCGCGAGCAGGAAAGGUAGCAAAUUUCCUGGGAAAGUGUUUCAUUGUGCGCGCGUCUGUCUGCUGCUUUGAAGCCUCCCGAAUGGCUGAAGGGAACGGAAAUCAGAAAUCCUUGGCACGGGAAUCCCGAUUUUCCGGUUGCAGAAACCUCAAUCCCUGACCCGCACUGGUGGUGAAGGCCAUGGCACAAGGCCACGGGUUGUAACGUUUAUGUACGCGCGCGCGGAUCUACUGGUGUGUUGGUGGUCGGACAGAAAUCUAUCUGCAGGGAUACGGUGUACCUUGUUUCAUACUGGCAGUUCGUAGUGCCGUAGGGGGAAAAAGCCUAGCAGACGCAAGGAUUUUACUGUGAAGUAGUGAAGAUAGGAAAGAGUUUGUUAUCAUAAGUACAUCAAGAUCUAUAUAAACGUUAAUGUUAAAGAGGAAGUAGUGAAAAUUAUCGUCUAAAACUCCUCAAAAUUAGACAACUUUUGUGUGGAAAGUCCAGGCAGAAAACUUUUACCCUCUCUAUUGUCCGACACAUUCCUUCUUCGUGGCUGAAGUGCUGUGUGUGUGGUAGAUAUUCGAUUUCGGUUUUGAAAAACACGUGAUACACGACUACGCAAAGAAAAAACCCAAAAAACUCCCACUCUUCCCACUUGGGAAAUUUGAAUGCCCAACCGAAAGGGUGUCCUGCACAGAGCAGAUAUUGACCAGGCAGCAUCAUGAGUGGCGUAGGGUUUCUGGCCACGAUGAAAACGUUUGCCCCGAGCAUUCGGCGGCGGCGGCGCAUCGAGAAGCAAAAUCUGGAGUUACAUAAUAACCACAACAACAAUAACAACAACAACACCGGUGGCAGCAACAAUGGCAGCGGCUGCAACCAUCAUGCCCUCGGCGGUGGUGGUGGAGGCAGUGGCGCAUCAACGCCGGGCAGUGCCGGAACUCCGGGCACUACCGGCAUUUCGUCGACCGCAUCCACCCCAACGGGACCGUCCGCGGCCAGCGGCAUACUGGGUGGCGUGGGUGAGGUUAUCUCGCCCGGUUGGGACAUUGUGCCUCCGAUCACGCCACCGGCCGCCUUUCUACCGCCCGGCUACAAGCGUCUCUCGAUGAAGGAAACGCGCAAGGAUAAGUUUGACAGCCGUCAUCAUCACGAUAGCGGUGGUGGUGGUAGUGGUGGUGGCACCGUCAGCACAUCGUCCUCCAGCGGCCAAUCGUCCGGGAGUUCCGGUUCCGGUGCGGUUGGACAUUCGGCAGCAACCGAUGGUGCCGGCAACGCUAGUACUGUUGGCGGUAGUAACGGACAAAGUAACGGUGGUGGUGGUGGUGGUGGUAACGGCACAGGCUAUACAAUCGUAUCACAACAUCAGCCGCAAACUAAGCCGGAGCGCCCGAACAGUUUGGGACCGUCCAAGCUAACGCGCCGGAUUGUCUGCUAUCAUGGCGAUGGUUUUCAAGAUAAUCAAAGGAAAACACCACCGCCGGCCAACGAUGGCCAACAGCAGCACCAGCAGCAGCUCCAGCACCAUCAGCAGCAGCAUCCGCAAUCUCUCCAGGCGCAACACCACCACCAGGCGCUCCAGCAGCAGCUUCAGCAACAUCACCAGCAGCAGCAGGCUCAGCAGCAGCAGCAGCAAGCUCAACAACAGUUGGGCCAGCACGGACAGCACGGGCACGGUCACGGACACGGGCACCAUGGUUUACCGAAUCACAUCGUGCUGUCCGAGUUGCCGGAACCGCCGAUUCCGGUGUCGGAGAUUGGUCCUAUCCCACCGCCACCGAUGUUUUCGACGCCCAGCCCAACACUGGCCGGGACGCGUUCUCACGGGUCCGGCGGAAGCGUAGGCAUGGGCAACAAUAGUGGCGGUGGCAGCAGUAGCGGCGGUGGUGGUGGUGGUGGUGGUGGCAUCCCAGGCGGAGGCCAACCACCGAAUGUGCAUUCCACUAGUAGCAAUAGUAGUAUUAUGAAUAACAUUAUACCGUUAGAUAUGAACGAUUACGACUACGACGAUCAUGAAAACAAUGAUCAGGAAGAGGUUGAUUCAGACGAAGACUACAUGUACCCGAUGUCCCAGCCGAACCCCAACAUUGACACGAACCGCAUCGACGAGAUACCGGCCAAGGAGCCGAACAUUAACGCGGUACCGUUGAAGUCGGCGCUGAAGAAGAAGGGUUCGAACCCGGGCACACCGACCCAGGACAAUCGUGCCCUGGCGGUGCGAUACGACACUAAUCCUCCGGCUGCUGCCACGAUCAAGCCAGUUUUACGACCACGGAUUAGAAUAUGCUCCCGACCGAUGCGUUUCCAAAUCGGCCUACCGAGCACGAUGGAAAACAAGGAAAACGCACGCCCGUUCGUGAUCCGCGAGACUGGCGAUGAUUGUGAUCAGUCCGACGGGCCCAUCUGCUACCGGGACGAAGAUGCGGACCGUGCCGCCAAGAUAGCGCGCAAGGAGAGCCUCUCGAUCAAGCUGGCGCUGAGGCCGGACCGGCAGGAACUGAUCAACCGGAACAUCCUACAGCUGCAGUCCGACAACGAGAAGCAGGAAUCGAAGGAAGCGAUCGGGGCCCGCCUCAUCCGCCGGCUGUCGAUGCGCCCCACCGCCGAAGAGCUUGUCGAGCGGAAUAUUCUCAAAACUCAAUCACCAGCGGAAGAGAAAAAGCAAAAGGAGGAAAAGAAACGCUACCUACUGCGGAAGCUCAGCUUCCGGCCGACGGUCGAUGAGCUGAAGGAGAAGAAAAUUAUACGCUUCAACGAUUACAUUGAGGUGACGCAGGCCCACGACUAUGACCGGCGGGCCGACAAACCGUGGACACGCUUGACGCCGAAAGACAAGGCCGCCAUCCGCAAGGAAUUGAACGAGUUCAAAAGCUCCGAAAUGGCCGUGCACGAAGGUAGUCGACAUCUUACCAGGUUUCAUAGGCCAUGACAACUGCAAGGAAGGGCCAAACAGUGCAAGCAAUUUGCCAUUCAUUACGUUUUACAUUUCUCAUUAGAAAUUACUACCAUCCAGCGUUUGACGACCGUGUACAUAUGAGCGUCGUGUGGCGCUCGCCGGCAGGCAACGCCAGCCGGUCGUUGACCACGUCGGUUUUGGACGGUGGACAAUAUUGGACAGUAAUUUCACGUAUCAUCUGCAUCAGAAAGAGCUUGCCGGAGUGGUUUCCACUUUACACACACACACACACGUAUCUUUGAAGGCUCACUUUUCAUGUAGGCGCUAUAGCCACAGCCUGAGCGCUACAAUCCUCUGCAAAUGUGUAUGCCUUGUGUUGUGUGCUGUUCAAAUAGUAUUUCCCACCAGUUUACAAAAAAACUCCAAGGGAUCGGAGCAAAAAUUCGAUUCUAACGUGCACAGAAAACUAAAACAUGUCCGAACAGAAAUCCUCGACGAACGAUCAUCACAAAUAGACUAAUUUGCGCCUAGUUUACGAGCGGAGAGAACACCCUGGACGACGUGAGGUGAUACGAGAAGGUUAUAUUUUUAUCAUCCACAACACUCAACGAUGGCGAACGAAUUACAACGGGGUAAAAAUUUGGCAUAGUUCAUGCACACAGACAAAUUCCUUCACGAAGGAAAUGCUACACGCACCACGUUGUUGCGUACCGGGGUUUGUGUUGGCCACACAUGGAGACGAAUAGCCAUAUAGCGUUCACUGAACACGAUCCUAACUCCUGAGUUUGUUUUCGGCCAGCGAACAUGCAUGUACAAUGAUGAGCAUCGGUGUGCAAUUAUUGGUAGCUUCAAACACAUUCAAAUGCUUCGCAAAACGGUGCGUUUCAGUGCAGGAUAACGGGCGCAGAGCGACAAAAGAUGCACUGCAUCUGAGGCAUCCACAUGCCAUGGAAGGUAGGCAAACAGAGAAAUGGGCAAACACGAAAAACUCUAAAAUUGUUUUGAAAAGCAACAGAGAGGAAGAGAGAAAAGAGAGAGAGAGCGAAGAUAAAACAAAAAAAAACAUAAAUGAGAAUAAUCAUACUGUGAUAAUGUUGAUGACGUUAUUAGAAUGUUACCGACAAGGAGGAAACGAAAACACGAGCAUGAAAUGUAUUGAAUGUGAAAUUGUGAGGGAAAUGGGAAAACAAUCUAACCUGUGGAACGUGGAACACGGUGGCGGUGAUGUUGGAAGUUGCGAGUGGAGCUGAUGGGAUUACAACAGAGCAAACAUCACAUCCGGUGUUGGUGGAUGGGGGGUUCGAGCGCGAUUUAGGAUACGCUCACCAGGUUGAGCACAAACGACGGCAGUAAUCACAGCUUAAUGUGAAUUUUAGCAAUAUAGACCACGAUGCUAGUAGCGACAGCAGUGCGGUGCCGCACGAUCAAUACCAGUGAUGAACAUUAAAGACGCGAAUACUGACCAGCAGCAACUCUAUACCAGCUUUUACCGGAAUGUGCACUCCAGAACAUGAGAAUGAUGAAGAAUUCCUCUUGAUGAGCGCUUGAUGGAUUGGAUUUUGACCAAUCAAUCAAGCUUCACCUUCUAGAUCUUCUACGCCAUAUUCCACAUUUUCCCCUUGGGAUGCGGGCCAUCAAAAUCCCCUUUUUCUCAAGAUGAGAUAGAACUUCGGUUGGCGAUGGAGAGAAACGACCUUCUAAAACAGCGUCGUUCUCUAGAUAUCUCUGAUUCGUAAAACUCUGGUAUAGAGUUCAACCACGUGCUCCCCAUUAUCGAAACGUCCGCUGUUGGGCAAUCAGUGAUCGGUCCUGCGAUUGGUAAUACUGCUGCUACCACAACUACUACUACAACAGACUACUACUACAACCGCUAAUACUACUAUCGCUAACACAGUACCCACCAGUACCAGCGGCAGGGGAAAAGGGGCAAAGAAAAACCAGAAACGAAUUCAUUACACAUUGUACAUAUCCUGGCGAGAGAAUGCAGCGGAGGACGAUAGCGCCUAGAGAGUUUGGAUCCUCGUCGCUGCGCGCACGUAUUAUUAAUCCGGAAGGAUAUGGCCGGCAUAUACUGGAAGAGCGCACGGCGAACACGGCACGGCCGAUGCAAGAUCGGUGUUUAAACUUAGGAAAACCUUUUUUCCCCCUCGUCUAUCGAGAGAUCGAGGCAUUUGAAGGAAUCGCGAAUGCUUCGGAAAACUCUUGCACGGUGCAUGAUCCUUCUCGGGAUCGGUGCGUUUACAAUACACGAACCUGUAAAAGGACGUGUGUGGCAUUCAAUUUGAUCAUCAAACAAAUAUAGAGAGGGAAAACCAAGAGAAGACAAGGGAGUGGAAACAUGGGGGGAGGAAAAAAAACAACGAGACAACUAAGCAAAUGAGCAGAGAGACGACAGAAGAUGGGAAAUACAUUUUGAUAAGAAAGAUAUAUUCAUCUUCUCUGAGAGUGAGAGCACACGCGCGCGCGCGCUGAUAAGAAAACUGUUCUGCUCUGCAAACAAAUCAGUAGCAAAGCAUUUAAUAACAGUUGGAGUGAGAGAAUUUAAGGAAAUGUAAAAAUUGGAAGCAAGUUUUUGGGGCGGAUCAGGAGCAAAACAAAAAGCAAUUGCAACGCGGUGUGUAAGAUACGAAAAUUCAACCAGAUAUUGUCCUACAGCAAACCAACCCCCUUCCCGCUCCAAAUUAAAUUAGUAAACAAAAACUGUGUUCGACUACCGAUAACACUUGGCUUUUGAGCAGAGAGGGGGGGAGGCAGAGGGGGGACAAACAAAUAAAGCAUUAAAACUAAACCAUAACCAUAAUCAAGCAUUAAAAGGCAUUUUGGGUGAGCCAAAAACAAGAUAUUUGUAGACAGAAAUGGGGUGCGUGCUUCGUCACUGUUGUGCAUCUACAACUACAAUAAAAUACACUCACACAUACCUACACUCGCUCGAUCGGCGAUCCUUGUCCCGGGACGAUGGGUACGAGUUGAAUCGCACGUUUGUGGAUGGGUGGUGGUGGUCCUUUUGGUUUUGACUGAGCAAUCUGAAUCUGAGUGAUUUAUCUCGGGAAAUACUUUUUUUUUGUUGGCCACGAUCGAUGCUUUCGGGUCGAUGAAUAUUUUCCCAUCCGACCGACGACCAUGUUUGUGAGGUGUGUUCGGAGCAAUGACUCCACUUACAGCACAAUAAAUGUCGUCCUUUUUGGCCUGUGAGCUACAUCGCACCAAAGUGUGGUCGUCUAAUGCGUUGGCAUGAAUUGGUGUAAUUAUUUCCGAUACAAAACACCCUUCUGAUAAAACACACCCUCACUCAACUCAACGACAAGAGAGAGAGAGAGAGAUAACAUCCAAAUGCAUAACCAAGUGAAUAGAGGGAAGAGAAGAAAAGGAAGAAGUAUGAAGUAAGAAUAAAAACAAAAACAGAAAAUUUCAAUGCAGACGUAACGGAAUAGAGCAACACGCUAGGUUUUAAGUGUAAUACGUAUAAAAAAGUAUAUAUAUACGAGUAUAUAUAUUAAUAUCGAUUACUAAAGCAAAACAAAAGCAUUGAAAGGAAAAAAAGCCGGAUAAAGGUAGUGAAAGGAAACAGCAGCAGCAACAACAAAAAAGUGUGAGUGAGCGUGUGAGAAUGUGUGCUGAGGAGACGGGUUUUCCGGUAGGGAAACGGUUGACAAAAAUUGGACGCAACCAGCCGCGUGUGUGUCCGGAGCGAAACAAAUCAAUAAUUUGUUAAGACAAAACAAACAACAAAAGAACACAAAACAAAAGUAACGACAAAUAAAAGAAGAAAAAAAA